CUCUCUCUUAAAUCCCCCAAUAAUUCCCGUGAAUCAUCAGCUUGAUUCUCUCUCUGUAUUAAUUUCUAUUUCUUUUCUUCCAAUUAAAGUUGAUGGUUGAGAAUUUUCUAAGGAAAGGUUCUGGAAAUUUCAGAUAAUUUCAAGCUCCGUUUAUUCAGUGAGAAAAUUCUUCGCCAUUUUUCGGAUGUUGAAGAUUAUUAUGUGAGUUUUUUUUUCGGUGUUUUCGGAAAUGUGGCCUGAGAUUGAGAGAAGUUCCGGCGAGUUUUCAUCGGAGGGAGGCGGAGAUGCCUCGCCCGAGAUGAACCUGUUCGGGAAGUACGAGCUCGGGAAGCUGCUCGGCCGGGGAGCGUUCGCGAAGGUGUACCACGCGCGGAACGUGGGGACGGGGCAGAGCGUGGCGAUAAAAGCGGUGAGCAAGCAGAAGGUGGUUAAAGGAGGCUUCGUGGCGCAGGUUAAGCGGGAGAUCGCUAUCAUGCGCCGGCUGAGCCACCCUAACGUGGUGAAGCUCAUGGAGGUUCUCGCCACCAAGACGAAGAUCUACUUCGUCAUGGAGUUUGCCAAAGGCGGCGAGCUCUUCGCCAAGGUCGCGAAAGGACGGUUCAGCGAGGAUCUCAGUCGUCGGUACUUCCAGCAGCUGAUCUCCGCCGUUGGAUACUGCCACUCCCGCGGCGUCUUCCACCGCGAUCUGAAGCCGGAGAAUCUCCUCCUUGACGAGAAUUGGGAUCUCAAGGUCUCCGAUUUCGGCCUCAGCGCCGUCUCCGAUCAGAUCCAACCCGACGGACUCCUCCACACGCUUUGCGGAACUCCUGCCUACGUGGCGCCGGAGAUUCUCGCCAAGAAAGGCUACGACGGUGCGAAGGUCGAUGUAUGGACAUGUGGCAUAAUCCUAUUCGUCCUCAACGCAGGUUAUCUCCCCUUCAACGAUCCCAAUCUCAUGACGAUGUACCGGAAAAUCUACAAAGGCGAAUUCCGUUUCCCGAAAUGGACGUCGCCGGAGCUCCGGCGGUUCAUCUCCCGCCUCCUCGACAUCAAUCCCGAGACGAGAAUCACCAUCGAUCAGAUCCUCCGAGAUCCUUGGUUCCGAAAGGGUUUCAGAGAGAGGAAAUUUCGCCCGGAAGAGAAUUUUCAAGAGAGUCAUAGCGUUGUUAACAGCAAGAGCUUGAACGCGUUCGACAUAAUCUCGUUUUCGUCCGGUUUCAACCUCUCCGGUUUAUUCAGUGAGUGCGGCGUUUCGGAGUCGGAGGAACGUUUCGUGUCGGCCGAAACGGUGGAGGGAAUACUUGAGAGAGUCGAGGAGGUGGCGAAAAGCGAGAGCUUGACAGUGACGAAGAAGAUUGAUUGGCGGGCCAGGGUGGAGGGGCAGAACGGGGAUUUCGUUGCGGUCGUCGAGGUUCACCGCUUAACGGAUAAACUGGUUCUCGUUGAGGUUAAGCAGAAGGAAAGAGAGCUUGUAACUGGGCUUCAAAUUUGGAAAGAUAAGCUGAGGCCGAAACUUGACGGUUUAGUUUUUCAACCGGGAAGGCCGUUCUCCGAUGACUAAAAAGGGCAAGAGAGCUCGCUACGUGUUAUAUUAUUGUCGUGCAUGUAAAUUAUGAUAAUUUAUUUUUCCGAUGAUCGGGAAAUUAAUUUAGACGAAUGUUUCCAGAUUCUCAUAUAUUAUUAUUAUUAUUAUUAUUUUUUUUUUU